AUAUGAGACAUCUGUGGUUUUCCUGUGAACAAGCUCCACAUCUGCUUUUCUAUUGAAACAUUUAAUCUUUGUCCCAGUCACUGCCACCAUCUUCUGUGAAGUCAGACUAACAGUAUGUAUGUAGCUGUCUAAAAAAUGACAUUGUUCAUCCCUGAUAUGGCUGGUCGGCUGUUUUUGCUCAUCCUCCUUUUCGAUACCUUCCAGUUCCUCAAAGCCAAAGAUCCUCCUCAGCCCAGUCUAACAGUGAUUCCUGCAGUCAUCAAAGAGAGAGACUCAGUUCAGCUGAACUGUCAGACUUCUCCAUCUGUCUCUGAGUGUUACUUCAAAAUGGCUGGGCAAGUGGAAUUCACCAUUCCAUCACCCUGUCAACAGACACUCACAGGAACACUACUGGUGAGGUGGACAGGUCAGAGUUCACCAGCUGAGGUCAAAAUACAAUGUCAGUACAGUGCUACAGGUUCACAGUUUAGAUCCAUAUACAGUGAGCCUUCAACAGUCACAAUUCAGGACCUUCCCCAGCUGACAGUGAGUUCUACAGUCAUGAGAGAGACAGAAUCAGUUCAGCUGAGUUGUGAGACUCCUCCAUCUCUCCGUGUGUCUCACUGUUACUUCUACAUAGAGGGGAGGAAGAAUCUUCCAGACUCAUCCUGUACUCAGACACUCACAGGAACAGAGCUGCUCAAGAGGGCAGAUCAAACGUUUCCAGAUGUGGUCAAAGUGACGUGUUACUAUGCUGUAGGGAGGUCUCACAUAUCUCCUUCAAGUAACCCUGUCUCAGUCACUGUUCAGGACCCACCUCCUCCCAGGCUGACAGUCAGUUCUACAGUCAUCAGAGAGAAAGACUCAGUUCGGCUGAGCUGUCAGACUCCCCCAUCUGUCUCUGUGUCUCAGUGUUACUUCUACAUAGAGGGGAGAGAUCCUAAACCCUCAACCUGUACGCGAUCACUCACGGGGACUGAGCUGCUCUCGUGGGCAGGUCAAAGUUCAUCAGCUGAGAUCAAACUGAGAUGUUUUUACACUGUAGAAUCUCACUAUCCAUCGAUGCACAGUGGUUCAGUCUCUGUUACUAUUCUUGGUCCAAAACCAGACAUUACAGUCAAUAUUGAUGAGGACUUCACCAUCAUCUGUUUGAUUUGUGGAUCCGUCAGUCCUGACACCACCUGUAACCUGUAUGUUGGAGAGGAGAGUCAGCCAUCCUUCACAGCAAAGAUCAUGAAGAGAAAAGCUAUCUCAGCAUCCGGACAGCAGUUCUGUCAAUUCACUCCAAAACAUAGUGAUCUGAUCAGUCGUCUACAGUCAGUGAGGCGUAAGGAGGUGAGCUGUGACUACAGAGUGAGCUCAGGACCAAACUCUCUCUCUCCACGCAGUGAUGGACACAGCUUUACAGAUCUGGUGGGAGUUCACAUCAGUGAUCCAACAACUAUACAGACACCUUCUAUAGCAGUGAGUUUGACUCCAGGUCCUAUAUCUACUUUGCCUCCCAGCACAACAGUGAGUCCUACAGAAGUUUCAACGGUUACUUGUACCUUUACCCCAGACACCACACUGAUACCAACUACCAGGUCGACUGUUUGCUGUACUUUGACCACUGACACCCCAGCGAGUCCAACUGAAAGAGGUCAAAGCUCCACAGAAAGUGAAGUGGAAUCAAACAGUCAAGAAAGCAUUCUGGUGGGGCAAUUAUGGCAGGCAGCAGUGGGUGUGGCUUCUGGAGUGGGCGUGUUCCUGGUAGGGUUGACAGCUGUCUGUCUCUGCAGGAGGACCAAGAAAACCAAUUCUCAGAGACCUACAGCCAGACAGGAUGAUCACAGACAAUAUGAUUUGGUGUCUAUGGGAGUGGUGAGCAGCAGAGUCAUGGUGGAUUCAGGAGAUGCUGGAAUCGAUUCUCAGAUCACAUCUGUACUGCCCACGUUCAUGCCCUCAGGUCCCGUUGAUGUGGAUACACAGGCAUUUGCAAAUAAACAUUCUGAUACGUACCACGUAUACAGCUCAAUCCCCGACAGACCAGCAUCCUCAGCCCAGCCUGAUGGGUUGUACAGUCUGCAGACACACUGAAACUACACCUCUGGCUUUCUGUAUCUAUGUCUCACACAUCUCACACAAAUACAUUCUUUUUCACACAACAUCCUUUAUUAUCACCCAUCCAGUUACUGUAAAUAAGUUGAUUAACAGGUAAUAUUUCUACUGUAUUACACAUGGACAACUGAUUUCUGUUACAUGUCUAUCCAUAAUAUCUCUUACUGUGUUAAUAUUUAUAUUUUGGAGGGGUAUGGGGCAUACUCCCCUUUGAGCAUUUUUCUUAUUUCUUCUCCCUAGUAAAUGCUAAAUCUACUGUAUUUAUGUAUAUUAUGUUGACUGUUUGAUACCUUCUUCCAUAACAGUUGGAUACAAUUAUUUUCCUAUUGGGCAAAACAUAAUCCACAACCAAAACAAACUGCAAAUGCAUACAAACUCAAGUUUGUUGAGUCACAAGCUUGAUGCAUUUAUUGGGUGCGAAAAAUUUAGGACCAAAGUACAUAAUGCUUGACUUCUUUAAUACACUAUAAAUGAAUUUGUCCAAAUACUUAUGACUUCUUGAAUUGGGGGGACUAUUUACAUAAAGUGCUUUUAUAUCUAAAUGGUAAAACAUACAAUACCUUCAGAAAGUAUUCACACCUCUUGACUUUUUCCAAAUGUUGUUAUGUUAC